CGUUGCCGACAGUAAACCGCUAUCCCGCUCAAGUAUAGCAUGGACCUCCAUGGCAAUUCACACCCGUUCCCCCUUUUCACUUGUCGCCGCGGUGGUCGGGAUGUUGUGCCUUGCUGAUCUGCUCUCCGCCGGUCUGUACCAGCCCGUGAUGACGCUUUCCACCUCCCUGACCCCGGAAUCCCGCCAGACCCGCCCCAAAUCCAGCCGCGACAACCCGGGCAGUAGUCCGACGUUGCGGUUGCAAGAGGCGGCGUACCAGUCGGGCCCAGGUGCAGGUUCUCUGAAUACUGCGGGCCCGGGGAUGAAGAGCCCGCCGGGCAAGAGCCAGCGCGCUAAUCCCGGGAGCCGGCCGGUGUCCAUUGCCGACGCGGCCCCGGAGACCACGUUUGUGCAGGUCAAACCCAAGCCGGGGACGGGGCAUGAGGCCGGCCGGCCGACGCCGACCAUCCCCACGGAGAUACCUGUCACGAUGUUAUGCGGUGGUAGUGUCCUUCUACAGACCGCCAGUCCCAAAUUCGUCAUUUCGCCCAACUACCCGGCCGAUUACCCGAAUAAUACGUAUUGCGAGUGGAAGAUUUCGGCCGCGUUCGGCACACAACUGAAGAUUAAUUCCAUGGAUUUCGCCAUGGAAAGCUCCGACGGCUGCAAGAACGAUUACGUCCAGUUUUUCUGGAAAAACGGGAAUCCCUCGGUGUGGACGGUCAACCGGCUGCAGGUUGACCGUUUCUGCGGGGCCAACGGGCCGAUGGAUCUCGUCUUCAAGGACAACAACUUGAUUAUGUCACUAAUCAGCGACCGCUCCACCACCCAGCGCGGCUUCAACAUCAGCUUCAGCAUCUUCCACACCUGCGCCGUACUGUUCCAGCUGGCGGACUUCCAGGGCUCCUCGACGAUUCUGGAGGAGUUCUACGAGGCGGCCGUCGUCCCGUCGGCGUUUAAUAAUGACAACGUCUUUACCAGCAUCCAGGUGACGGAGGGAUGCAAGUUGAUGGUGUGCAGUGAGGAGAAUUUUGAGGGGACCUGCCAUCUGUUCUUCAAGACCAAUAGGGCGAUGGGGCCGCUGCACGUCAGCUGGCCGCGCUCGGCGUCCUGUAUAUGUUCUUAAUUAAAGCGUUUACGUGGUGAAGAAUGUAUCCUGUCGAUCCAUCAGUUUGUGGGUUUGGGUAAUACUUGUAGUUGGGAAUAUUGAGGAAGUGAGGGUUGUUAUGUUAAGUUGUAGAAUAUUAAGGAAGUAUCGGGGUUCCGGGCUCUUUUUGACAGGACCAGUUUGAAGUGUUGCCGUACA